AUGGCGCCGCGCCUGAAAGCGAAAGGACCUCCUAGGAAGUUUGACGUAAAUCGCAUUCCCGGACAGCCGAAAAAGCGGAGAAAAAUCACUCUCGUGUUCGACGAAGAAAAGAGAAGAGACUUCCUAUGCGGAUUUCACAAGAGGAAGGUUCAACGUCAAAAAAAAGCCCAGGAAGAGCUGAAGCAACAGCUAAAGGAAGAAAAGAAAAGAAUUAAACGUGAUGCUAAAGAACAUUUUAAAUCUCUCGUCUCGAACCGUGAUGUCCCCGAAGUACAAGAACUCCUUUCACGCAAGGAGUACGAGAUGGAAGGACGAACGGUUAGUAUUUUGGAAGUGAACAUUGGAGAUUUAACUCAGGACAAUAAGUGGAUCGGUGAAAAUAAAGUCUCGUAUGAAAGUGACCAUGAAUCUAAAGACGAAGAAGAAACCGAUGAUUUUGAAGACGUCGCUGGCAUGGAACUUAACCGCGAUCGCCCCAGCCCUGUUAAACCUGCAGUUACAAAGCCUCCUAAGAAAUUUAACACGGAAAAGGAUGUUAAACGCGUCAUAAAGAAAACUGCGACGAAAGAAAUUCAAAAGAGCAAGGCUUUUCGAUUGAAACAGAAAUUGGAACGGACAAAAAAUAAGAAACAGUCCUUAAAGAAGCAGAAAAAUAUCCAAAAGAAACAAGAAGGAAAACGCGGGAAAAAGGCACCUCGUCGGACAGCUCGAACUUGAUCUCUUACUAGAUAAUUACAACGUACACCAAAAUACGGAUUGAAAGUAAUCGAAGAGAGACAUGAAGAGGAAUGUUACAUUAAUGAAUACACACUAUUUGCAAAAUUAUAUAAUGAACACUAUAAAUUAUUAUUGAAAUAUAUAUCUUGAUAAUGAACACAAAUUUUCCGAAUAAAUACUGCAAACCAGUUAUCAUAA